AUGCGACGAUGGGCAAGCGACUCGGAAGGUGAGUCGGAUGCGGUGAGGGAGGAGAACCCCCUGCUGCCUUCGGGAGGCCAGCAGGGGUGCGGUGGCGCUAGGGGGGGCAGUGACGACGUAGCUGCAGCGGCCUUCCACGGCCGUCAAGGCGGUGGUGCCACAGUACUGCGAAGCGAGAGAGGCCAAUCAGUGUCCAUUCCAUCGCCGGAAGGAGGGCAACAGAACAGAAGCAUCACAAUGGAGUUUGGUGACGAAUACUUUGGGGAUGUGAAGGUAGACAGGGGGUCAGUGAUUCCACACGGCCGCGGGACGCUUCAAUCGCCCUUGGGUAAGCACUGUUACGUGGGGGAUUUUGUCAACCGCAGCCGGGAUGGGUACGGAAAGUUGGUGACAGAGCGCUAUGUGCUUUGGUCAAAGUGGAAGAUGAACCGUCCCGACUUGACGAGUUCUGCCCGUAUCGACUACGCAAAUGGUAAUAAGUAUUGUGGCUUUUUGUCACUGAGACAGGACAACGCAGCGGCGCAAAAUCUUUCUCGCAGCCAGCGGACGCGUUUGUCAAAGUUCUCCAUUUGGGCCCAGACGACAACCCCGGUGCGUGAGCGGUGGGGGGAGCUCGUGGGCGCUAACGGCGACCGCUACUUUGGCCAGUGGGAGGAGGAUCUGCCGUGUGGCUUCGGCUGCCUCGUGACUGCCAGUGGCGACCGCUACGUAGGCCUGUUUGAGGCGGGUAAGUUCCAUGAUACGGGGACCUUUUUUUCAUUGUCAUUCGGCAUGUGUAACGCCAGCUCUUCGCUGUUGGACGGAGUGGGCUUUGUGCUGGCGUUUGACCAGACUCAGCAGCUGGUGAUUGAGACGCGGGAUGAAGAGAGUGAAAAGAGCAAAUACCAUGGAAAAAAACGGUGGUGUGGUGUGGUGUUUGACGGCGUAUGGGAGAAGGGUAAAUUUAUAGGUGAAGGACAUGUGACGUUGCCCUGUGGAUCGCGGGUCUCUGCUGAGUGGAAGAGUGCGUCAUAUGCGACCAAUGGUCGCCUGUUCGUCGGUGCUGCCAACGCCCGCACACAGACCGGCAUGAAUGCGCGUGGAUGGUUCCAGUGCUUCCACUGGGAACCGCUCUUGUGUGGUGCCUACGAGGAGUCAAAGGUCCAGGAAUACACCUCCUGUGCGUCCUACCGUGAUCGGCUUAAUAGUGCGUCAACGCAGGAGGAGGUUCAAGCAGUGCUUUCUGACUUCUGUAGCAAUCAGGGCUCUGUGAGAAAUGCGCUAAAAGUUUUUCGUCGCUGUUUCUAUUUUCUUCACGGGACGUGUGGAAAAAGCAAUGAGAUUGGGUCAGGUCUUGGCUCUAACAAACUCGGAUGGUGCUACUUGCGCAACGCGUACGGCGGCUGCAUUCACCGCGGCCGUGGCCGCCCCAUUUCUGUGGCCGAUGUAGACCUGGCUAUGACGGACAUUAUGUCCUUCGUGCGCUCUAUGGAGCGGUGGGUGGUGGAGAUGCUGGGUGAUGCUGCCGUGGCGGACAGCAGCUCCGAGACCUUUGUCGCGCGGCGGAUUGUGGACUACGUGAUGCGCGACGUACACGAUGUCCUGUUCAACCUCUACGUACAUGCGUACGGCGAUGAGGAUGCAGCGCUGUCGCUCUCGCUCGAGCGACUACGCGAACACACAACACUGGACGACCUCGGUGUUGACUUUGCACGACAACAAAGUGUGGAGCGGCUCUUUGACCCGUACGCUGACGCGAUUUACAGUAUUGAGCAACUUGGGCGGAGGGUGCACACCUUUACUGGCAAACUGCGUGUGCUGGCGCAGUGGUCGAAGGAGAUCGACCUCGCCGCCCGUCUGGCGCAAGUGAGUCUCGACGACAGGUCUCUCUCUAUACUCCCACGGUCCUGUACGCAUAUGGAGUCGGGCUCGGCUGAUGAUCUUCUCCCCAUCCAUCAGUAUGUUCUCAUCAAGGCGAAGCUGCGCCACUUGUACGCUCACACCAAACUUUUGGUGGAUUUGAGCGGUGAGGAUAUGCUUAUGGAAUUUACGUCUAGGGAAAAUUUCUUCGUCACCACGCUUCACGCGUGUGCGUCGAUGCUGUCUAACUUGCACCCUCUUCUGCGUGACGAGUCCCGGGUGCUGGCGCCGUCUUCUCUUUUUGAAGACCGGCUCCGCUCUGCAGUUAAAUCUCUCAAGCGACUAACGAAUUGUUUUUUGGACGCAUAUGUGUCUCAUACAGGCGAGGCGUGUGACAUAACGGACGCCGAUGUGCUGCACGACAUCGCAGCAGGGUACCUCAAAGCAUGGCUGCCGGAGGCAAUCGAUGUCCUUUCGGCGCAGGUGACUGCAUACCACAGUAAAAGUGGCCUCCCUGUUCCAAUUGCCGGAUUGCUACAGACCGCAAGAGCGCGCAAGAUGGUGCGCCUGGAUGAGUGUCAGUGCCCGCGCAGUGUGGCACUCUUCUGUUGGCUUGCGGUGGCCAACGUUGUUUCGGUACUUGACCUGCAUCUCGCCAUCAUGUCGGUGAACAGCGCAGGCGCUCCCGAUGACAUGCUGCAGGUAGAUGUUGACCCCACAGUGUUUGUGGCGGAACACCGCCGCUGGGCUAAAUCUAGCGGGGCUGUUGCGUUUUUGGUGCGGCGGGCGCUGCGCCCUUCCAUGCUGCACAGCGCCGCCGCCGUCCUGCUGCUCGUGCUGUGA